UGGUUCCAUCUUUGUCUGACACGUGGGAGAGCCUCAUUGGUCCGCGAAAUGUUCCGCCAAUUCUUUCUUCUACUAAAAUUUUUCGUCGCUUGAAAAACCUUAUCCGUUUCCAAGAGCAACAUCCAUGGCUUCCGUCUCUGACCCGCGCGGUGAAGACAAAAUGUAAGAGACGAGACGACUGUGUUUCGGCUUCAGAGACGAAGCCUAAUGGCCGCCAUUGCCGGAUCGCUCAACCUUCCUCUUGCGCCUUCAAACCUUCCAUCACUCCGUAUCAAGAGAAAUUGUAAGUUCUCGAUCCAUUCGAAAAGCCACGAAAGGAUCCGUUUCCCACUUCUGAGACCAAGCAUUUACCAAAACCAAACUCGCAUUAACCAGCCCGCGAUUUUACGCGCAACCUUGAGAAGUCCGAAGGGAUUCGGACCGGCGCCGAAGAAGAGGAAGAAGAAGAGCCAAGAAAGUGAUGAGGAGGACGAAGAUGAAGAUGAAGAUGAGGAUGAGGAUGAAGAGGCAGAAGGUGGGGUAAUACCAGAAGUAGUGACGAACAGGAUGAUGAGCAGAAUGGGAUUCUCAGUGGGGAUUCCAUUGUUGAUAGGGCUUCUGUUCUUCCCGUUCUUCUAUUACCUGAAAGUUGGGUUGAAGAUUGAUGUGCCCACAUGGGUGCCAUUCAUAGUCUCCUUCUUCUUCUUUGGUUCUGCUCUGUUGGGAGUUAGCUAUGGGAUUGUUUCCUCUAGUUGGGAUCCCAUGAGGGAAGGCUCUCUCUUGGGUUGGAAUGAAGCUCAGAAGAAUUGGCCUGUUUUUUGGCAGUCCAUUUGGGCCAAAUCUGAUAAGAAAUAGAAGAAUUCUUGAGUUCUUUGUUUUAACAUGAAUAGAUGUUAUGUUUUCCAAAAGUUAUAUGAGUUUGGAAACAUAUUUAGAAAAUAUAGUUGUGUUUUUUUUUUAAGGUU